AUGCGGGCAGCAGGAGGGCAGGCCCACACUCACCCAUUGCUCUCGGUGUCCUCAGAGACGUGGAGGGCGAAGGAGGGCGACUGGGACAUCCUGCCGGGGCUGAGCGGGUCCCUGUGGCACCGCACUCCCUCCAACACGCCGCCCUGCCACAGCAAGGGGACAGGCGUCAGCCGGCGUCGCGCUGCUGGCACCCACGGUCACCCCGACACCCACGGUCACCCCGACACCCACGGCUGCCCCGGGGCACAUGGGGUCCCGCCUGCCCUUGGGACGGGGAUGGAGCCGGAGCCGCUGCGUAUCUUCGCCCUGAUCGUCUUCGCCUGCUUGGUCGGGGAGGGCUACACCAACCUGCCCAGCUCCCCCCAGCUCUUUUGCAUCUUCAACCACAACGAGGACGCCUGCCGCUACGGCAUUGGCAUCGGCGUCCUCGCCUUCCUCGCCUGCAUCUUCUUCUUCAUGGUGGACGUCUACUUCCCCCAGAUCAGCAACACCACCGACCGCAAGUACCUCGUCCUGGCAGACCUCGGCUUCUCAGGUCUCUGGACGUUCCUGUGGUUCAUUGGCUUUUGUUUCUUGACCAACCAGUGGGCCUGGACGCGGGCUGAGGAUGUGCCGGUUGGGGCUGACUCGGCCCGUGCCGCCAUCACCUUCAGCUUCUUCUCCAUCUUCUCUUGGGGCCUCCUCAUCGCCUUCGCUUACAAGAGGUACAAAAUGGGGGUGGAGGACUUUGCUCACAGCUACGUCGACCCCACCCCAGAGGUUUCGGCUCCCUACUCCAGCUACCCCAACAUCAGCCACGACAGCUACCAGCAGCCACCCUUCACCCAGACAGCAGAAGCCCCGGAGGGUUACCAGCCCCCACCGGUGUACUGA